AAAGCUUCAGUCCAUCUUUGUCCCCUUUCAAAAUGACGAGUGAUGAUCAGUUCUUCUUUGACUACCUUGCCACGAUACCCCAUGACGUAAGGCGGUACUCCACGCAAGUAGCAGAUUCUAUCGACCGGCAGGUCGACCACGCCGCCACGACGAUUCGAGAUCUGCUUUCUAAUCAGUCAUGGCUGCCUUCUUCAGUGCGGCCUAUACCUAAACGCACCCCGGACUUGCAUUCCUCACACUCCCUCGUCACUCGGGCGCAGGACUGGGUCCACCGGAACCGAGCGUGGAGCGCUGCCAUCCUCGCCUUUGUGGGAACUAGCUGCGUGCUCUACUAUGGAAAUAAAAAGCUGGGCGGUCGACGAAGGAGGGCGCGCAGAGCUGGGAACGGCGCUCGGAAAGAGAUAGUUGUUGUCGCCGGGUCCCCUCAUGAGCCGAUGACCAGAGCCAUCGCCUCGGAUUUGGAACGUCGGGGAUACAUCGUCUACAUUACCGUGGCGUCUGCAGAUGAGGAGCGUCUGGUCCAGUCGGAAAAUCGAGGGGACAUUCGCAGCCUCUGGCUGGAUCUUACGACGAUUACAUCUUCUCCCUCGGAUAUCCACCCGUGUCUGAAUGAGAUCCAUUCGUUGAUCACCCAACCCCAAAGUCCGAUGGCCGGUGUGCCACCACACACCUGCCAGCUGAGCGGACUUAUCCUCGUGCCAUCGCCCAACUACAGCACCGGCCCCGUGGCUACGAUCCCGCCUUCUUCCUGGGCCGAUACCGUCAACGCCCGUUUGCUGUCGCCCAUUCUGACCACUCAACUCUUCCUGCCCCUCCUCACCGUCCGCAACACCAACAGCACCAUCGUCCUUGUCUACCCCUCCAUCUCCUCGUCGCUCUCAGCCCCGUUCACAGGCCCCGAAGUCACCACCACCCGGGCACUGUCCGGGUUUGCCACAUCGCUGCGACGAGAGCUCAGUCUCCUGCAACACGGCAAGAUCGACGUGGUUGAGCUGAAGCUCGGGAACAUCGACCUGGGUGCGCCGUACCGGAACGCGCAGGGCCACAUCACCGGCACAGAAGUUCUGGCAUGGAGCGCGCAGCAGCGGUCGCUGUACGGACCGCAGUACCUAUCCAGCAUCGAGCAGCGGCCCGUGGCUUCGGCGGGACCGAGCACGGUGCGGGGAUCUCCGGCGCGCAGCCUGCACUACGCCGUAAUGGACGCGCUGGAGCCGGCGUCGCGGGACAUCUUCGGGCGCAAGGUGUCGAAAAGCCCGGUGAUGUUCGUCGGACGGGGGGCGCGAACUUACAGCAUUAUUGGUGAGUGGGUGCCGGCUGGAUUGGUGGGAUGGAUGUUGGGGAUGCGAUCGGGACAGCGCACGCCGGGCGACAGCCCCAGCGGGAGCAGUAGCGAGACGAACUGGGAGAAGGUAUAAUCUCUUCUUUUCUGUUUCCUCUCACUCUCUCAUUCUCUCCUCUCUAUCAUUCUUUUCUCUAUCAUUUUUCUCUCUCUAUCAUUUUAUUUUGGGGGUGGGAUCUCGAAGGCAUUGGUAAGGUUUGAUAUCGCGGCGCAAGCAUGUACUCUUCUCUCAUAAUCGUUGGCUAAACGGGAACGAAAAAAAAAACCAAUUGAAUCCAUGAACAAGUUUCCGG